AAUUACUACUUCCUACUUCGUUUGACACGCCGCACAGUUUAAGUCAGUGUUGAAGUUCCAGCUGUUAUCUGCAUCAAGAUGGGAAUGCGUCGAGGAAGAAGCACGAAAAAUCCACCAAUUUUUAGUCACGAGUUCUUUAUACAGAACCAUGCGGAUAUUGUGUCUUGCAUUGCAAUGGUUUUCGUUGUCGGUCUCAUGUUUCAGGCCACAGCACCAGUAGCCACACUGUUUGUAGCUCUUCAGCACAAUGUUACAAGGAAUGGCACAGAUUCUGCUGAUGAUGUUGGGUUGUAUACCUAUGGACGUAAGGAUAUCUUCUCCACCAUGUUCUAUCUUCUCAUCUGUGUAGUAGUACACGCUGUUAUCCAGGAGUAUGUCCUAGAUAAACUGAACAGGAAGAUGCAUCUGUCAAAGGUGAAACACAGCAAGUUCAACGAGUCGGGUCAGCUGCUAGCAUUUUACUUUGCAUCGGCUGUCUGGGGUGCGGACAUCAUCGUCAGGGAAAGCUACAUCAAUAUCAACCAGUUAUGGGAGGGCUAUCCUCAUGCCGAAUUAACGUUUGUGGUGAAAUUCUUCUUCAUACUACAAAUAGCCUACUGGAUCCACUGCUUUCCAGAGUUGUACUUCCAAAAAAUCAAGAAGGAAGAAAUCUCAUCUCGUAUACAGUAUGCCACCCUUUAUCUUGUAUUUAUUGUCGGGGCCUAUGUACUCAAUUUUAACCGAGUCGCCCUGUGCAUGAUGGUUCUACAUUAUUUGGUGGAAUUCGUCUUCCAUUUAGCCAGACUUCUCUAUUUUGCUGAGAAGAGUGAAUUAGCCAACACAGGAUUCAUGGUUUUUAAUGGGAUGUUUGUGCUGGUGAGACUUGGGACCAUCAUCCUGGCUGUUCUGACCUUCUGGUACGGCCUAGACCAGAACAGCCAAACAGCUGUGGACUUUGCCACAGGAAAUUUUAAUGCUCAGUGGGUGAGAAUCAACUGUCUUGCCGCAGUGUGUCUGCUACAGGCUUGGAUGAUGUGGAACUUUAUCAACUUCCACCUUAGGAGGAGAAGGGAAAAAAGUGCUGCCACCCGAAAACUUAAGUCACCAAAUAAGAAAAGGAAUAAGGUUGCAGAAGAGGACAUCAAUUCCUUGCCUGAAGUUGACCAGAACACAGCAACAGAGAACGGAAAUGUGAGGGCACGCAAGGCUAAAAAGAUGUGAGCACUUGCCUCAGGAGUCAACAACAGCUGGAAACAAAGAAGCAACAGAAAUGCUGAAAAAUAACAACUUUAAGCACUGUUUAGUACAAAAUUUCAAUCCUGAACAUAUACUGUUGUGUUAUCAUCAUUUCUGGAAGUAAAAAUGAUCUAAUGGUAAAGUUCGGCCAGUCGCUUUAUAAAUAGCAGUCCCGACUGGUCGGGCAAUAACAGCUGAACUCAUUCACCCCUGCAGACACAUUUAAACUCUUCCAUUCAAAGGUUGGAAUAGUUCAUUAUGAAAUUUCAGGGGUGAAUGAGUAAAAAACAAAGAAGCAACAGUGAUACUAAGGAAAACAUCUGUUCAGUAUAAUUUGAAGCACGAACAUUUGAAAAUGUGUCUUUGUGAAAUUGUGAUUUCUGUUGGUAAAAUGUCUCGUGAUAUAUUUGAAUCUGCUUCGAGCUAGAAAGCAUUGCUGGUUGUAAAAGUGAUAUCACCUUUCCUAUUUGUCAAAAAAUUUAACAUGUCGUAUCUUUUAUCUGCUUUGAGUUACAAAGCAUACCAAGCUAUAUCAGUAAGAUUUUUAGCAGGAUCUUAAUGUGCAAGAUAACUCACUUCAGCAAUGCAUUUAGCUAAAUGUUCAAAAUAUUUCAUUCCCUGAAAAUAUUGCUGACGUCUUUUAUAUCUAUUUUCCUGAUGGAAAAAAUCCUUUCAACUUCCCAUACUUGCCAACCAUUUGCCAAAUUUUCCAUAGGGAGAAAUCAUGUCAAAACCUAAUAGUGUAAUCUUUCAUUCCCUGAAAAUUAAUGGCAAUGAACACUUUUUGACAAAACUUCAUUGGAAAAUACCAUAAUUUGAGGUGUUUUAUCUACAGAAUUUAUUGAAGUUGACCAUGAAGUAAUAAGUAGUGAUUAUGUUAACAGAACAGUCAGAAAUCUCUCUCCAAAGAAGUGAGAUUUAACUUCAACUUGUUCAUGAAUGUCAUUUCCUGAAAUUUAAUUUCCUCAUAAGGUAAGCUAAAUAACAUUUAUGAAACUAGGAUCUAUGAGAAGAUAUGGCUGCUUUUAUUUAACUAUGGGAGUAAGAAUGCUGGACAUUAUCAACUGUCAUUGUUAGUGUAGAAAAAUAUAGUGUAGCUAGGUUUAAUAUCUUAAAAGACGCAUAGUAUUAAAUUUCUUAAUAUAUGGUGGGUUUUUUAAAUGUCCUUGUGUUUUUGUGUAUUUUGUCCAAUUAACCUCACUUUAAAUUACAGGGCAUGCAAUGUUUUCAGUUUUAAUGUAUACAAAAUAUUUUUAUUUUACCUUGAAGGGUAUACUAGCUUACUGAGAUGUGUAUUUUUUUCCAAAAUAGUUCGCACAAACAAACUUAGUAAGUUUAAACUUUUAGGGUUUGUAAUUGAGACUUGAUGAAUAAAUAAAGGACGCAUUUGGAGGUUACACUAAAAUUGACAACUCACAUGAAAGGUACACAAGAAUCGAUGACACAUCUGAAUGGAACACAAGAAUGUAUGUUUAAUGAUUUAAAAAAAGGGGGAUAACUCAAGUACAAUUUGCAGAAACAAUGAGUAAUUAUAAGGUAGCAUAAUUUACCUUAAGUUAGACAUGGAAUGAAUAGACAUGGAAUGAAACUUGGUAUAUACCAAUAGGUGUUAAGAAUGUCACAACCGAUUUGGUUUACAUAUAAAAUAGAUAUGGUAUUGCUGAAAUGACCAUUAUGCUAUUUGAAGUUGUAGAUUUGUGAACAAAUUACAGGCUGUCGUAGACUAAUAAACAUGGUUUGAUGUACAUAUGUUUAUAGUUCUUGAUGAUUCUAUGUAGACAUGGUUCUCAAACAAUUUAUUUGGGGUAAUGUUUUGGCUAUUUUUUGCUAAAACUUGUGAAUAAUUCAUGUAAUUUAUGUUGAAAGCUGGGACCAAACUCUAUUGCUGUGUUAAAUAUGGCUUUAGUAUGGUACAAAUCUGACCUCUUCAUUAAGCUUAUCUCACAGGAAUGUAUCAUAACUUACCAUGUCACCAUCUGUGAGAGAUAAACCAAUAGUGUUAGGUCAGUAAGGGUUGUAGGUAUGGUCAGUGAUAACACAUCUAGAAUAUUGUCUUUGACACGAAUAAUCUUGACAUUUAAUGUACAUUAUUCUUUAAACCCAUUCACCCCUAUGUAACUUUAGUUAACUCUUCCAUGCAUUGAUCUGGGUGAGCCCAUUAUGGUCUACAAUAGUGAAAGGGUUGAAGCUUAUCAGGUAUUAAGAUGUUUACUGGCAAUUUGUUAUGAAAUUUCUUGAAAGAUAGUUGAUAACACCAGGGCAGAAUAGCAUUAACUCAUUCACCCCUGAAGACACAUUUGAACUCAUCCAAUUCAAAGGUUGGAAAAGUUUGAUAUGAAUUUUC